GGGAGGCUGCGGAGGAGGAGGAGGAGGAGGCUGGAGCCACAGGAGGAAGAGACGCAGGAGGCGAAGCGGCGGAGGAAGGAGGCGGACGGGCCGGGAGCGCGGGAGGGGAGGGGGCUUGGUCUCGGAGCCCUGGGCCCCUCUUUGGCCCCGGUGCCAGCCAUGCACUGUCCCGGCGAGGCCCCCGGGCAGCAGCUCAAGGCAGGCAGGAGGCGCUACAAGACCUUCAUGAUCGACGAGAUCCUCUCCAAGGAGACCUGCCACUACUUCGAGAAGCUCUCGCUCUACUCCGUCGGGCCCUCGCUCCUCGUCCGGCCCAAAGCCCUCCACUCCUGCUCCGGCUCCCCUUCUCUGCGGGCCUAUCCCCUCAUCUCGGUCAUCACCCGGCAGCCCUCCGCCAUCUCCCACUUCAUCCCGGCCGGGAGCACUUCUUCGCGGGUCCUCUCUCCGCACCCAACUCCCGGGAGCACCUGUUCCUCGGAGACCCAGGCCAGUGAAACUCAUGGGAGCAGCGAAUCCGAGACGGAGCAGCCCACCCCUCGCUUGAAAAAGCCCCGUCGGAGUCGGACCAUCUUUACGGAACUUCAGCUCAUGGGCCUGGAGAAGAAAUUCCAAAAGCAGAAAUACCUAUCCACGCCAGACAGGCUGGAUCUUGCCCAAUCCCUGGGUCUAACUCAGCUCCAAGUGAAGACUUGGUACCAAAAUCGCAGAAUGAAAUGGAAGAAAAUGGUCCUGAAAGGUGGUCAAGAAGCUCCCACCAAGCCCAAAGGCCGACCCAAGAAAAACUCCAUUCCAACCUCAGAGGAAAUUGAAGCAGAGGAAAAACUGAACAGCCAGAAACAAGUCCUGGAAGAAGACCAGGCCACAGAAAAGUGUGAGUCGACCAAGGAGCAUUUGGAUGCCUCCAUAGAGACACAAGAACCUCCUGAACAUACAGUGGAAACCUCCCAGGAGGAGACAACAUCAAGUUAAAAGAGUGAAGGGAAGAUACAACUGCACCGUUAAAGGACAGUGUAAAAACUGAAUUUGCCUGCACUUUGUGCCUUAAGAAAUCGACUGGUUUGGUGGGUCACCAUGGGGCAAGGAAACCUAUUGUAAUGGGUGACUUCAUAUAAAUUGGUACUUUUUUUUCAAUGUUGUGUGUACAUCCUUCCCAUAGAUAUCCUGGAACUAGGGAUCCCCUCAAAAGGAGACUGCAUGCUUUAAAACUCUGAGGCUCUGGAGAUGUGUUGUGAGCCCAGGUUGUGAGAAGAGACUCUUUAGCUGCUGCAUUGUUUUGGACAGAUUGGAUCUUUCUCAUGUUGUUAUUGCGAUCCUGAGCUUUGAAAUGAGUUCAGAGAAGCAACUGCCAAAGAGUGAGAGAGUUCCUGCCACCAGCCUAGUUUUAUUCUGUAAGUAAUGCUUAAGCAGGUAUGGGUCAAAACCAACAUUUUUCAUGGGAGUCAAACUGUGGGAUAUUGAUGUUCUACUAUAUUGCAACCAGAGGUUCCUUGGAGGGGAAGAGAAAAAUACAGAACAGAUUUCAGACUCACUUGGAAAAUUCACAAUGGAGUGAAGGGGGCUUCCAAGAUGGCAACCUUGAAACUGUGAGUGGAAACAGAGAUCAGAGUGGCAAAGGGGGUGGCAUUUUAGCAGAAUGUGUUGGUUUGCUUAGUUCCUUACUUCCUAUUGCUGUGAAGUAAACUGCCCAAGGUCCAAAAUAUUGUUGCACAUGCAUUUUUCAGGAUGUUAGUUCUGGGCAUCUGCCAAGGCCCAGUUGACUUCAAGAGACAAUCAACUAAAACUCAGUGUGGUUUGCUGCUCCUCUUCACUGUCUGUUGCUACCUAUUAAUCUGAUUUCCCUUAACAAACAAGAACUGUUAGUAACAUAUACCAGUGUAAGUGUACCUUAUGCUGCAUAUCUCUUUAAUAGUUGUUGUGUUGGUAUUCCUUUCUUCAUUCCACAACAACUCAAGCCCCUGUCCUGGACCUACCAUUGAAUUACUGCAAUGCUCUGUGGCCAUUUACAGCUUGUAGAGAUCUGGGGAGGGGAACCUAAGAAGCAUCUAGCUGUGUCCACUUAGCUAGAUGUGAAAUGAUGCCACCAUCUGUUAGAUCAGGGGUCCCCAAACUUUUAAAACUGGGGGCCAGUUCAUGAUCCCUCAGACUGUUGGAGGGCCAGACUAUAGUUGGCCAAGUGGCCACCAAGCAAUAAUAAUAAUAAUAAUAAUAAUAAUAAUAAUAAUAAUAAUAAUAAGCCCAACCCCUUUCUGCGUUUGUGCACAAGCAAAGCACUCCUGACAGAUGACCUCCCAGCCUCAAUGUUAACAACAACAACAACAACAACAACAACAAUAAUAAAAAGAGGGUUGGAAGAGACCCCUUGGGCCAUUUAGCCCAACCCCCUUCAGCCUUUGUGCCGUGGGGGCCGGAUAAAUGGCUUCGAUGGGCCGCAUGUGGCCCCCGGGCCGUAGUUUGGGGACCCCUGUGUUAGAUCCUUCAUGGUUCUCAGCAGAUGAUGUAACAAAUCCACUUUUGGCUAUGGUGACAUAGCCAGGCACAUCUCCAACUUCACACCUUUCCACCAGCCAUAGAAUUGUGGAAGAGGCUGCAGUGGCAUGAUAAUAAUCAAUUCAGCUGGAAUUGUUCCACAUACUGAACUACAGGAUUCUGGCCAAGCAGUGUAAAGACCAAAGAGGUGGAGCCACAUUUGCCAAUUGCAUCCUUGGGAAAAGGUUGGCCAACAGUAAGUGACAGUGUCAAGGAGAAGGCGUGUAUAUCUAGUGAUUUAGGACAAGGAAUAUUGAAAGCAUCUUGCCUAGUAGGUGUCCCAGAUAUGGAGUCCAUAUUAGUAGACCUCACCUACCCUCCAGAGAAAAGAUAGAGGAAUCCCUUGUGCCAGUACUCCAUGUACUGUGAGAAGCAUUUAAAUCUAGACACAGUUAAUACUAUAUACAGUAGAGUCUCACUUAUCCAACACUCACUUAUCCAACGUUCUGGAUUAUACAAAGCAUUUUUGUAGUCAAUGCUUUCAAAACAUCAUGAUAUUUUGAUGCUAAAUUCAUAAAUACAGUAAUUACUACAUAGCAUUACUGCAUAUUGAACUACUUUUUCUGUCAAAUUUGUUGUAUAACAUGAUGUUUUGGUGCUUCAUUUGUAAAAUCAUAACCUAAUUUGAUGUUUAAUAAGCUUUUCCUUAAUCUCUCCUUAUUAUCCAACAUAUUGGCUUAUCCAACGUUCUGCCAGCCCGUUUAUGUUGGAUAAGCGAGACUCUUCUGUAACUCAAAUUCACAUGUUAAGGUCUGAAUCCUAUUGAUAAUCCCGCUAAGAGUAAAAUGAAGCAUUUGUUCAAGCAAGUUUUCCCAAUUUCUUCCAACCCAACAUCUCUUUUCUGGAUUUCAAAAAGAAUUUGCAUGUUGAGUACUAUAUAUCUGUCUACUGUGUAUAUUAUACAUUUGAUUGAUGAACAGUGCCUUUCAUUUUUUGGAUAUAAGUGGUGUGUAAAUAUUCUCCAAUAAAAUAGAGUCAGUGGGAUUUACACACAGGCUAACUCAUCAUUUAGCAGUUGAUUCGAUGGGUCUAUUCUGGUUGGGACUACCAAUAGGAUUCAAUAUAGGACUCUAUAUUUUCAACUCAGGAAUGGUCUACAUUUGGAAUGAGUGAAUCACUCCACUUCAGGUCCUUGUAACUUCUGACAGGUUCAUUGCAACUUUCUGACCCAUUCCAUUCAAUUUCUAAAUUCACCUAUGAUUUAAAAGAAGAUCUGCAUGAAAAAUGCAUUUAAAAAUACGUUUUGAAACAUAUUCUUCUCAAUGUGUGGUUCAUAUUCUUUCAAAAUGUGUACUGUAAAACAUGAUUGCAAUAUGCUGGAAGGGCUAAUCUAGGGAUACCUUUCAGCUGUCCUGAUUGACAGGAAAAAUUAACCCUUAAUCAGAUCACUUGUUGGCUGUCUCCUCCUUCCACUCCCCCUUGUUCUCAGCUAAUUUCACUUGCUGAAAGUACUAAAGUAAUCUGUACUCAAUGAAAUUGAGGAGUGGGGGAGUUGAAGAGGUGGCAGAAUGUUAUCCUUCCCAGUAGAUGCAGGCAAAAGCAAACUUUAGACAUCUCUCCAAGCUUGGGUUUAUUAUAAAUAACUUUGGUCAUUUUCUGUCCCAGCUUGUCUGUGAAAUGUUGAAAGAUAUAUUAAUUAGUUCCAAAUAUGUUACUCAACUCAAUUUGUAUCAGAAUCUGCAAAAGGGCCCAUAGUUUAUACACAGAGCAGAAUGAAGCACUAAGUAUCUUGAAAGCCCACCAGGGUCAGAAGGAAUUAAAUUAACCAGCCAACUAAAUAUGCAAUUCUAAGUAUGUUUAUAUUCUAUUUGUAUUCACCAGAAUUGAGUCCGCUAGCAUGAUAAGUGUUGCAGCACUAGGCCUACAUCCAGUUCGUAGUACCAACUGAAGUAGACCCAUUGAUCAUAAAUGUUUACUGACAAAAUCUCCAUCGAUUCAAGUUUGAAACUAAUACAACCUUCCACAUUUCCUAGGAUUAGGGUCACGGGGCUCCCGUAAAAGUGAAAAACCAUAAAUAAAGAAAUUGCUAUUUUUAAAACUGAGUGAGCACUUCCCUAGGAAUUGCUAGAUCUUCCUGCAUUAACUCCAGGGUUAACUUCUUCCAGAACAGAGGUCCCCAAACUUUUUAAGUGGAGGGCCGAUUCACAGUCCCUCAGACUGUUAGGGGGCCGGACUAGGAUGAAAUAGUCCAAAAUUAAGAUUGUUGUUGUUGUGUGCCUUCAAGUCAUUUCAGACUUAGGUCAACCCUAAAUCUAAAGUUUAGGACAGAGGCCAGGUCAAUCACCUUGGAAGCCCAUGGGUUAGUUUGGGGACCCCUGAUCUAGAUGAUCAUAAGACCAUAGGUAAGGAAAGGGGCCCUCAAAGGCCAUCUAGAUAAUCUCAUAAAACCAUAGGUAAGGAAAAGGACCUUCAAAGGCCAUCUAGAUGGUCUCAUAGGACCAUAGGUAAGGAAAGUGACCUCUAAAAGCCAUCUAGAUGGUUUCAUAAGGCCAUAGCUAAGCAAAGAGACCUUCAAAGACCAUCUAGACUAUCUCAUAAGACCAUAGGUAAGCAAAAAGACCUCCAAAGACCAGGUAGACUUAGGUCAACCCUAAGUCUAAGGUUUAGGGCAGGGGCCAGGUCAAUGACCUUGGAGGGCCGCAUCCGGCCCCCGGGCCUUAGUUUGGGGACCCCUGUUCUAGAAGGUUGCCAUAGAAUUAUAUUAGAGGACCUAGAGAUUCUUAUGGAGGUAGUUCUCUAGAUUGCUAGUCUGUGGUUUUCAAUCUGUGAGUCCCCAGAUGUUUUGGCCUUCAACUCCCAGAAAUCCUAACAGCUGGUAAACUGGCUGGGAUUUCUGGGAGUUGUAAGCCAAAACACUUUGGGGACCCACAGGUUGAGAACUACUGCUCUAGGUCCUUCAACAUAACUCAAGGAUGCUGAUCACAGAGUCCUAUUGAAGAACCUAGAGAUAAUACUUUUAAUCAAAUCUGUGAUUAGUCAAAUCCAUACAAGUCAAACGCAAUGUGGACGACUGAUUAUUGGAUCAUUAGUUGGAUAUAAAUAAUUGGAUUUAAGAUACAGGUGACUAUCCUGUAACCACCCAUAAAUCAUUGAAAUGCACCUCCCAACAUUCCUCAACAUUGUUAAGGAAGGGCUGCUGGGACUUGCAGUGGAAAAACUGCCAGAGGGUUGCGUGCUUGAUUUCCACUCCUCUGUAUCCCAGAUGUGAGCUCUAGUAUUUAAGCAUAAGGGAUGGAACCAGAGUUUUUAAAAAGUAAGGUGUGAAUUGAUGAUUAACUCAAGUUUGUAGUAAAAUCUGCUCAUCGUCAGCUCCAAGAGGCAUAUGUUGGAACACUUUGCAGGAAUGCGUAAUCCUAACUUGCCAGGUCUGGAGCCAUUUCUCCUGUUUUGUAAGGCACUUAACUUUCGGAAUACCGAAACAUCUUUAGCAACUGGGCAGAGCAAGUCACGGAAUUAAGAAGAAAACUCUGCAGGAGAAGUAUUGCAUUUAUUUUCCAGUCCAAUGUGCCAAGAUCUAGAUAUGCAUCAUGUUUCCUAUAGUCUUGUUAAAUGGAAACCUACUGUGCAUUAUUUUUGCCCAAAGGCUGAAGAGAGGUGUAUCAAGAUAACAUUUAUUUUUUAAUUAAAAAUAAAAUGUAUAAAUAAUGGAGUAAGAAA